AUGGCCUCCUCGACGCGCUUCAGCACUCCUCCGUUCAACCCUCCCACCAGGGAACCUGUAACUCCAGACACAGGCCUCCGUAACCGCAGCGCAGGCCAGGCUGGCAGCUCGGAGCGCACGCCCGGUGGAGAUGCGUCCCCGACGUCCUCGACCAUGUCCAACGUUUCGCGCGUCUUCGAGCCGUCCCGCUCGCUCUACCGCCCCAUCCCCUCCGCGCCGACGUCCGCGUACGGCACGCCCGCGCGCAUAAUCACGGUGCGCGCCGACCCUGCGCUCGUGACGUGCUUCGACCCCUCGGACCGCGAGCUGUACGACCUGUGGGCACCGCGGCAGUAG